AGAAACAGAUGAGUCUGUGAGGCCUCCGGGAGGCGCCCGAGGGCGUGGGGACUACGCUUCCCAUGAGGCCUCGCGCGGACGCCCGGGCGGGGCUGUGCGAGGGGUGGGGCUGCGGGCGGCCCUGGAGCGCGGCGCUGAUGGCGGGGCCGGUGAAGGACCGAGAGGCCUUCCAGAGGCUCAACUUCCUGUACCAGGUGAGUCUGCGACAAGGGCCCCACGGGGACGGUGCUCGGCGUCCCAGAGUGACCGCUCCCCUCCCGCAGGCCGCCCAUUGUGUCCUUGCCCAGGACCCCGAGAACCAGGCGCUGGCGAGGUUUUACUGCUACACUGAGAGGACCAUUGCGAAGCGGCUCGUCUUGCGGCGGGACCCCUCGGUGAAGAGGACUCUGUGUCGAGGCUGCUCUUCCCUCCUUGUCCCGGGCCUCACCUGCACCCAGCGCCAGAGACGCUGCAGGGGACAGCGCUGGACCGUACAGACCUGCCUAACAUGCCAGCGCAGCCAACGCUUCCUCAAUGAUCCCGGGCAUUUACUCUGGGGAGACAGGCCUGAGGCCCAGCUCGGGAGCCAAGCAGAUUCCAAACCACUACAACCCUUGCCAAACACAGCCCACUCCAUUUCAGACUGCCUUCCUGAGGAGAAAAUGCAGACUCAGGGUCCCAGUAACCAGUGAUGGAUUCACCCCAUCUCCCAAAUAAAGUUUACUUGUUUUACAUUCCA